AUGUGUGCUCCGAGGCUUUUUGAUUCGUCGGCGCAUUGCAAUUACAGUAUAGACAAAGCCAAAUGGAUUAGAAGCUUGCAUUUUAAUAACAAAUCAUUCUCUCUCAACAUCGAAGUGAAUGAUCGACCCUCCAAUUGGAUUGUAAAUUAUAUUUUUGAAAUACUUCUUCGAGAACGCUUUGGGUACAGAAAUAUUAAUUUUAUCUAUGCUCCAUGGGACUCUUCCGCCAAUGCAAUAGAUCGUUUAAAUUGUAAAAAAUCCAAAAGGGAUUGCUCUCGACCUCCCCCUAUUCAUGUUAAUUUGGAAGUUUGGCUUCGAACCGGUGAACAGGUCUCCGAUUACGCCCCAUUGCACCUUGUUCGCAACAACGGACCUCUUGGACCAAUAACGCGAUGGGGUCUGUAUGCCAAUGAGGAUUUAUGGAAUCAAUAUUCUCCGUUGUAUUCAACACUACGUGGUUUCAAUGGUGCAGUAACCUUUAGAAUUUGCCUGAGUCAUUGGAUGUUUGACCGCCUCGGGGUUGUUGUGUUUCAAUUGAUCAUAGAAGAAGCGUACAAACCUUGUGUUGCUGUUGAUUUGCUUAUGACCAGCACAAAUUUGUAUCUUGUUGAUGAAGUGAAGAUCUCUAAUCAAACAAUCUCAAAUGGACAUCGAGAUUAA